UUUUUUAAAAUAAAUUUGAAAUUUUUUUUUCGACCAACCACACCCACCCAAAUCGCAUAAUAAUCAGCUUGGGUGGAUUUCCUGAGCCAAAAGUAUUUACGGGAGGGCGGCUGACAACACGUUUGGUUUAGUUGAGUCACGUUUUCUCGACUCGUUGCCUGCCUGGCUUGACUCUCAUCAUUUUCUUUCAGUCAUUCAUUCCUCGGUGGGCAGACUUUACAGCGCGGCAAGCUGCUUUCCGGCAUCAACGUUAAUUACACAAUUAAUUAUGAGUGAACAAUUAUCGAGAGAAAGCAUAUGAUUGAUUCCGCAAGUAAUUAAUACCUGAUUUGGUCGUUUCACGAGAAGGGAGGAGUGGAAAGAAGCGGGAGUGAAAGUUUAUUCUCUGCUGGUUCGUCUAGUGACGCAAUAGGUUUACUAAUCACAAAAAUAAGUCGACAACUACAAAAAUGUCGGUGCAGUACAAGUUUAAAGCGGCGAUGGACUUCUCCACUGUCACAUUUGACGGGGUUCAUAUAUCCGUGAAUGACCUAAAGAAAGAAAUCAUUGAACAAAAACAAUUAGAGAAAAAUGUUGAUUUUGACUUACAAAUUCAGAAUGCGCAAACGGAAGAAGUGUAUGCUGAUGAAAAUGCACUUAUUCCCCAAAAUACAUCCGUAAUCGUGGCUCGUGUUCCAAUCACGGAGAAAAAGUCUGGACCAGGUUUUGGCAGAGAAAUAUUCGUACAUCAGCAGCCUCUUGCCAAUUUGCCUCCAGCUUCGGCAGUAAAUGGCACUGAUGUGACUUCGAUGGAUACGGAAGAAGAGAAAGUCAAGGCAAUGGUGUCACCAUCCACUAAUGGGUUUGGCAUAAACGGAAUCAAAGCGGUUUCGCCCGUCGCACAAAAACCCAACGCGCCAAGGCCGCUAUCGUCGACAUCUCCCAUCGCAAAACGGCCACGCUAUCAGUUUGAUGAGUUUAAAGAUAACGAGGCAGAGGCGAAUCAGGGCCAAGCAAAGAUGCGCCGCCUGAACUUUCUUUUAGAAAAGAGCGAAUUCUUUGCGCAUUGCUUGUCCUCUGGAGAUGCAGUUGUGGCGGCUAAAAGGGGACGCAAGUCCAAGGCGGAGCAGGCAGCUGCUACGGAAGGAAGCAGUCGCCACCGGAAGACGGAAAAGGAAGAAGAUGAAGAACUACUUAAAAAUGCAGAGGCUCCUACCGAUGGUUCUGGAAUACACUCAGCCGCCGUGACGUUCACGGAAACUCCGCCCUACAUAAAGAAUGGAGAGAUGCGUGACUAUCAGAUUCGUGGUCUGAAUUGGCUCAUCAAUCUUUUUGAAAAUAGUAUCAACGGGAUUCUCGCGGACGAGAUGGGCUUGGGCAAAACACUGCAGACUAUUUCACUCCUGGGAUAUCUAAAAAAUUACAAGAACGUUCGUGGUCACUAUCUCGUCAUUCUGCCUAAAUCUACUCUCUGCAACUGGGAAAACGAGUUCAAACGGUGGUGUCCCUCUAUGAGAACGGUGACACUUUUGGGGGAUGCAGAAGCCAGGAAAGCCGUCGUGGAACAGCGUCUCCUUCACUUGAACGCGUGGGACGUAUUGAUAACUACGUACGAGAUGAUUUUAAAGGAAAAGUCCACCCUGAAAAAGAUCAAUUGGACAUAUCUCGUCAUUGAUGAGGCUCACAGGAUUAAAAAUGAACAUUCAAAACUCUCCGAGUCUGUUCGUGAAUUGAGCUCUAAACACAGACUGCUUUUGACGGGGACUCCUUUGCAAAAUAAUCUACACGAGUUGUGGGCUCUGCUCAACUUUCUAUUGCCGGACGUCUUUGACUCGUCAGAGAAUUUUGAUGACUGGUUCAACACGGAAUCUUGCUUCGGCGACAAUUCUCUCGUGACUCGACUACACUCCGUUCUUCGUCCAUUUCUCCUCCGUCGUAUCAAAUCCGACGUGGAAAAGAGUCUGCUUCCUAAAAAGGAAAUCAAAGUUUACGUUCCAAUGGUUGCAAUGCAACGUUUGUGGUACAAGAAGAUCCUAAUGAAAGAUCUGGAUGUGAUUAAUGGUGCAGGAAAAAUGGAGAAGGUUCGGCUCAUGAAUAUUCUCAUGCAUUUGAGAAAAUGCUCGAACCAUCCGUAUCUCUUUGAUGGGGCGGAACCAGGCCCUCCCUAUACGACGGACUCUCAUCUAGUCACCAACUCUGGGAAAUUGAUGGUGCUGGACAAACUUCUUCCAAAGUUGCAAAGUGAAGGAUCUCGUGUCCUAAUCUUCAGUCAGAUGACCCGACUACUUGACAUUUUGGAGGAUUACUUCUUCUGGAGAAGAUUCUCUUAUCAUCGACUCGACGGGCAGACUGCGCAUGAAGAUCGACAAAGAAUGAUUGACGAGUAUAACACACCAGGCAGCAAGACCUUUGUUUUUAUGCUGUCCACACGAGCUGGUGGAUUAGGAAUUAAUCUUGCCUCUGCGGAUGUGGUAAUCAUUAUGGAUUCAGAUUGGAACCCCCAAGUAGACUUGCAAGCAAUGGAUCGUGCUCACCGUAUCGGACAGAAGAAGCAGGUCCGUGUUUUCCGUCUUAUCACGGAGAAUACGGUCGACGAGAAGAUUGUGGAACGUGCCGCAAUCAAGUUGAAGUUGGACAAACUCGUCAUCCAGCAGGGUCGCCUCGUUGAUGCCAGCACCCAACUUAUGAAGGAGGAAAUGCUGAAUUGGAUCCGCUACGGAGCAAAUCUCGUCUUCUCUGCGGAAUCUGGAUCAGAGUCAAUUCCGGACGAUACGAUUGAAGCAAUAUUGGAGAGGAGUAAAUCUAAGGAGGAUGAAUUGAUUGGAAAAUUAGACGGUUUGGAGGACUCUAACCUUCGCAACUUUGCCCUGGAAAGUUCUAUUUUCAGCUUUGAAGGAGAAGACUACCAGGACAAGAACAAAGCGAGGGACAGAGCCAUGGUGGCACCCACCGAGUGGAUCGAACCUCCCAAGAGAGAGAGGAAAGCGGCCGUGUAUGCAGAAACUAUGUUUUAUAAAGACUCUUCCAGCAAGGAUGAAGAAUGGAAGCCCAAGAAUCCAAAACCAGCUCGGCAUCCUACUCUUCCAGAACACCAAUUCUUUCCGAAAAGAUUGCACGACUUGUUGCAAAUGGAAGUGUAUUAUUAUCAACAAACUAUCAAGUACAAGAUUCCUCGAGAGCAGUGGAACGACUCGAAGGAUGCCAUCAAACAGCAGAAAGCGGAACAAAAGAAAAUUGACAAUGCUCGACCACUCACCGAUGCCGAGUUGGAGGAAAAGGAAAUACUUUUAGAGCAGGGAUUCACAACCUGGAAUAGAAAAGACUUUAACUUGUUUCUCAAAUUGGUGGAAAAACAUGGACGUGAUGACAUGGAAUCGGUUGCGGAGGAAUUUGAAGGAAAGACCAAAGAAGAGGUUCUCCUAUAUGCAAAAGUGUUUAUACGACGAUUCUCAGAGCUAAAGAACUCGGACAAGAUUCUUCUCCAGAUUGGGAAAAGUGAAGAGAAGCGCAUGCGGAAAACUCUCGUAGAACGUGUCCUCACCGAAAGAAUUUCAAAAUGUCGCAAACCGCUCUUAGAACUUCGCAUCCCGUACACUAAGCAGUGCAAGAUGGGCAACUUUACCACAGAGAAUGAUCGCUUCCUUAUCUCGACAUGGUACAAAUAUGGUUUUGACACCGACUCGAUCGACACUUGGUUUAACAUGCGGGAAGAGAUUUUGAAAUCGACAGAGUUUCGGUUCGACUGGUUCCUCAAGUCGAGGAGCUCUGACGAACUCAGACGACGCUGUCAAAUGAUUUGGUCUUUGAUGGAGAAAGACAUCGUGACUGAGGAUGAGAUAGCGAAUUUACAAAAGAAGAUGAAACAAGCAUGGGCCGACUUUGCCAAGAAGGCGAACGCCCUCAACAAUGAUGAUGACGACGUUACAGACACAUCCCCCUCAGCUCCACCCACCCCACCACCUACGAGCAAGAGGAAGAGCAAAAAGAGACGCAGUACUUUUAAUAAAAAGCGCAAAUCUACCUCGUCUAGCACUCCUGGCAAAACUCGGCAACUCCUCCUCACCGAUAUGGACAUUAUGAAUGGGGAAGACUCGAGUCAGCAUUCAAAGUCGAGUGGUGGCUCGUCAUCACGAAAAUCGACCAGGACCUCGUCGUCCAGAACUUCGUCGUCGCGAUAUCAAUAAUGUAUCUCAUUUUCUCGAUCGUACAUAUUGGCCUCACUUCCUUAUUCUUCUACGUUUUUUUUACUUUGUUUUAUUUCCAUUAAUUUAAUUUUUGAUUCGAUUAUGGAACAACUAUGUACACUGCCACCCUUGGGCCACUAUAUAAAUACUAUGCAUUAUCACCACAUUUGAUUGUAUACGUAAAAAUAGCUAAGACAAAAAUUGUGUUAAAGAGUUAAGUUGAGGAUGAAAAUGAAAGUGCUGCUGUUCCAGAAUCUCGAGCAGUAUUCUUAUCUUAUUACUAUCUAGAUGAGGUUGUAGUGGGUAUUUAAUUAAUUUGCAUACAUAUUGUACGAGCAAGUCUGAAUGGUUGUACACCUAGAUGACAAUAUUUCAAUGUCACGUAUUAAAAAAGAAGGGGUACUAAAAACUAGCCACCAUAAAGUCCAAUUCUAAAUUAACGAGUAGAAAAUUGAGUAUAAUUUUUAUUAUUGCGCUCUGUGAUGUGUAAUAAUUUCCAUUUGAUUUAGUUUGAAUACUAAAAGGAACGAAAUGUGCUGUGAUUUGGAAAUGCAGGUCAUGUGCAACAAGUAAAUGGUAUCAGUAUGUAAUAAUUAUUAUGUAUGGUGUUGUAGGGUUGGUUUUUGGUUACCCAUCAAAUUUCAGGGUCAAUUUCGUCAUAAAUAAAUGCGAGGAUCAAGUACGAUUUUUAUUUCGUAUAAGUAUUAUACAUAAUUCUGCCACUGCUGCUGCUCUCUCAUCUUCGUCACGUAAUAUUUGAAGUAAUUAUCUUAAUUUAAAGACAAGAGUACAAUUUGAAAUUAUUAACAAAUUUUGUCCCAGGUACAGAAAAUUAAGGGAAAAAUGUAACAAUUGGUUUAGUUUUUGACAAUAAAAAAUAAUCGGAUAAAUCUGA